AAAUUCACACCUCAUGAGACACCAGAGGAUUCACACAGGAAAUAAACCCUUUGAAUAUCCUGAUUGUAGGAAAAGUUUCAGUCAGAAUUCCAGCCUGAUGAAACACCAGAGGACUCAGACAGGAGAGAAACACUUUGAAUGUCCUGAUUGUGGGAAAAGUUUCAGUCACAGUUCCCACCUUGUUGCACACCAGAGGACUCAUACAGGAGUGAAACCUUUUGAAUGUCCUGAGUGUGGGAAAAAUUUCAGUCAGAGUUCCAGCCUGGUGAGACACCAGAGGACUCACACAGGAGAGAAACCAUACGAGUGUCCAGACUGUGGGAAAGAUUUCAGUAUUAGGUCUAACCUUAUAAAUCAUGUGCUUAUACACAUAGGGGAGAAACCAUUUAAGUGCCCCAACUGUGAACGGUGCUUCAGGAAACAGUCCACCCUAAUUGCACACAAGAAAAUCCACCUGAAGCCAAAAGUGAUGAGUAUAGAGAAGGGUUGAAUUCCAUUUCUAAUGUCCCAUUGUAAGUUCAGCUGAGAAAUUGACUAAUUUGACUACAAAGAAUUUGCCCAAUUUCUUGAAGUCAAAUAUGUCAUGGUAUUAGACAGGAAGGAGGAAAUUUAAAAAUGGAACAUAUUAGUUUGAUAAUGGCUGUCUGGCCAUCAAUAGCAGAAGUUGCUGGAUAUUUAUUUUUGCAGAAAUUAUGCAAUUCAGUAAAAAAAUCUUUCUGGGAGCGUUCUUUGCAUUUUUAUCAUGCCAUGUGCAGAGUCCCAGCUCCCCCCUACCUGUGUGUCCUUGAGCUUUUCCUCCCCAGAAUUCCACAGGCAGCAUGUCUUCAGGAUAGGAACACUCGGACUAGUUAGAGAUUGUGGCUCCUCAUAUAAGGAGAAAGCAGAUGGUACAGUAGAUAAUGUUUUAUUUCUAAAAUAGCAUUGCAUAAAAAUAAUAACUUUUGAGAAAGAAAAAAAAGAAACUGUCAGCAUUUCUGUAAACAUCGGGUCUAGGUCAUUGAAAACCUCUUUUCCCAACACCUGUGAGAUGUUUCCUGUUCUUUCAAUUCUAUCCCAAGGCUCCUUAAUGUUUUUCAAAAGUGCCUUCAAAUAAAAAGAGGAACAUUCUUCGUAGCAGCAGAAGUGAUAUUUUCGCUAUGCAGGUGACUGAUCCUGAUUUUGCUUGGAUUAGAAGACACC